AUGCUGUCUAUCUCAGAGCAGCUCAGUGAUAUUCAUCGUAACACUGUCGAACUUAACAGACAGAAGUUACGAUCUAUCAUUAAAACGGUUGUGCUUUGUGGUAAACAGAACAUGGCAUUACGAGGCCACCGCAAUGACUCGUCACACCUAGAAGAAUCUUCAGGCAACCCAGGGAACUUUCAAGCCCUGCUUAAUUUCAGAGUGGAAGCUGGAGAUAAAGUCCUAGCAAAUCAUUUUGCCAACGGCCCAAGAAAUGCAACAUACCACUCCAACACGAUCCAGAAUGACAUCAUAGAAGUGUUAGGCACUUACAUUCAAGACAAGAUCGUCGCAGAGAUUAAUGAAGCAGGUGCAUUUUCCCUUCUGGCGGAUGAGGCAAGUGACAGCAGCAACAAAGAACAAUUACCACUCAUUCUAAGGUUUGUCGACAAAGAAAGAAAUGUCAGAGAAGAAUUCGUUGGGUUCUAUGAGUGCGAAGAUGGUGUCACUAGUCAAGUUAUAGCCACUCUUAUACUAAAGGCCGUUCAAGAACUUGGCUUGUCUAUGGAUUUCUGCAACGGACAGUGUUACGAUGGUGCAGGCAGCAUGUCAGGACCUUGUAAUGGUGCAGCAGCAAUUGUCAGAAGGCAAUUCUUGGUUUUCACCCACGUGACCCACCGCUUGGCAACGGUUGCUAUCCGCCAUGUUGGUGUCCCUCAAGUGUAAACAAACCAAGAUGGUUCUGUGCGUUGUCGUUGGAUGUGGAAGGAAAAGUGGAAAAGGAAACACCCAAGGAUUUUUUCGUAUACCAUCAGUUGUUAAACAUCAAGGCGAAGAGUUCGAAGAUCUCACCACUGAGAGGAGAAAUAGUUGGAUUUCGGCGAUAAGUCGAGACGAUACUGAUACGAAGAACGUCCUGGAAAACGAGCGAGUUUGUGAAUGCCACUUUGUGUCAGGAAGGCCGUCACCGAACUGGGACAAAUUUAACGUCGAUUGGAUACCGACCUUAAACUUAGGUAAACGAAUACACAAACAGAAAGACGUCGAGGCUGCGACAAAAAGAGCCGAGAGAGCAAAGGCUCGAAGGAAAAGAGUCAUUGAACGACAAGAGAAUGAAGCUGCAAGGAAAAAGAAAGCUCUUGGACCAAAGAGGCGAACAGGUUGCUAACAUGGACUUUAGGGAAGCGUCAACGAGUACUUCAUCCGAAAUAGUCGAAGACCAUAGCGGUGAAAUACAGCCUGAAGAGCCUGAUACUCAACAGCCUGAUAUUUCUUCAGCCGCUUGUGCGGCGAUGAAGAAACAAUGGCGGUUGUAUUUCACGACGCUGAAACACAGACAGAAGAAUCUGCCACAUUUCCACCAGUCGACGCUGAAACUCAGACUGAAGAGUUUGAAUAUAUAUUCUCCAGGCCCAGCGGAUAUCAAGCACCCGACCAAGAUUUCUUUCAAUCUGACAACAAGGUCCGUUUUAUACGGGACUGCCAUCAUUUGAGAUUCUAAUGGUUGCUUUUGAACACGUGUCUCCACAUGUCACUCGCAAAACUCACUCCCUCAGCAGAUUUCAGGAAUUUGUCAUGGUCCUGAUGAAACUGCGAUUGAAUGUACCCUUUCAAGAUCUGGCUUACCGUUUCAUGGUAUCUGUGCCCACUGUGUCAAGGAUUUUUUCCUCCUGGCUGGUUGUUAUGGACACCAGGUUGUUUCCUCUUGUUUCCUGGCCAGAUAGGGAGCAGUUAUGGAAAACAAUGCCAAUGUGUUUUCAACAUGCAUUUGGAAGGAAAGUAACUGUAAUCAUUGACUGUUUUGAGGUGUUUAUCGAAAGGCCGUCAAAUCUGUUAGCCAGAGCACAAACAUUUUCAUCGUACAAACACCACAAUACGAUCAAGAUUCUCAUUGGUAUUACACCCCAAGGAACUGUGCCUUUUGUUAGUGAAGCCUGGGGAGGCCGCACCUCUGAUAAGUAUCUGACAGAGCAUUCUGGAUUUCUCGAACAAUUGCUACCAGGAGACAUGGUAAUGGCUGAUAGAGGGUUCACGAUUGCAGAAAGUGUUGGCUUAAAGCAAGCCAAGCUGGUUAUUCCAGCCUUCACAAAGGGGAAAUCCCAGUUGGAUCCGGUUGAUGUGGAAAAAACCAGAGGCAUGGCAAGUGUUCGUAUCCACGUGGAGAGGGUGAUAGGGUUGUUGCGGCGCAAGUAUACCAUUUUGGAAAGCACACUUCCAACAGAUUUCCUUGCUUGCAACCCAAAUGGACCACCUGCAUCACAGAUUCCUAUGAUUGAUCGUAUUGUGAGGGUUUGCUCCGCACUUAUUAACUUAUGCCCACCUAUAAUACCAUUUGACUAGUUUCAGUUGUACAGUUAUCUUCUUUUAAAUGGACACCCCGGUAUACCAGACACUUCUGUGCAGCGGACAGCUUUCACUGGUCCUAACUCAGGCAAAUUAGAGCUGUUCAUCUGUAACUAAACUCUCUUUUAAAGAGAGUUUAGUUACAGUUAAAUUAAGGCAGACAGCUAGAGCUGGUCCCAAGGGUGUCCUGCUUACUAGAGAGUUCACUGUAUUGCCAGUUUUAAGUUUAACAUAAUUAUGUGCUUCUGUUAACAGUAACUUAAUGUAGGUGAAGGUCAGUAAGAAUGUGUCCUUAACAAAUAUCUAAAACAUUUUAAUUGAUUCAAAAUGACAAUUUUUGAAGAUGUAGACUCUCAUGUCAUCAAUUUUCUUACUUCUUUUAAUUACAUAAUUUGUUAGUGUUUCAAACAACAAGAAAAGUUUUAAAAAAUUGUCUUUUGAGAUGACAGUGAAACAGGUAUUUGAGCAAAAACACUCAAACCCGUAAUUAAUGCAGUAGUUUUCAGCAGGUUAUUUUAUUGUUCUUCUGUUUGGUCUAAUACUACCAUGAAGAAUGUAGUUAAAUUACAGUUAGUACAACAUUUUGCAGCACGUAUCGUUGCUAAAAAGCGUAAGUAUGAUCAUGUAACACCUAUCCUUAAAUCAUUAAAUUGGUUACCCGUAAAAGACCAAUAUUAUACUUUAGAGAUGCUGUGUUAGCUUUUAAAUGUAUGUCGGGACUAGCCCCUGGGUACCUUAGCGAUCAAUUAAUUCUACGUAGUACUGUAAGUAAGGCAUUUUGGUUAGUUACAUUACCAGGUACACUUAAUAUUUCCUCUUACAGAGGUCACGAAUCCCCAAACCAUCUGGUUGAAGGCUUCCAAACUCUUGUAGGCCUUGAACUGCCGUUUCGUAUACUAGCUAGUCUCUAAAACCAGAUAUCCUAGCAAAUCAGUGGCUUCAAUACGUGGCAAACAUUCUGGGUCGAACUGCUCGGUUGGAAUGCUGACCGGGUCAACUCCAAGUAGGAACAUUUUCUGAAUAUAUCGUGUCUUUACUUGGCUCUCGAGGCUUUUGGCGAACUCGGAAAGAUCAAGGAUACUCGCACUGGUCCUAUCUGAGUCCUGAUCGCUUUUUCCGUCCGAUAAUUCCAUUUACGACCGCAAAAUUUCGAAGAGAACGAAAGAGUUGCGAGAUCCGACAUACUAUUAUCACAAAUUUCACGGUCGGAAGGGACACCAACAUGGCCGACAACCAAAUUUGGAAAUGCCCGUGACGUCACGUGAAAACCAAGAAUAUCCAAAGGCUAUAUACACUCAUUGUACGGCUCACCGCCUAAACCUCUCUGUUGUGAGUGCGUGCAAGAUGCAGAAUGUUCGAAAUAUGUUUGA